AUGUCAGAACCUAACAUUCCAAUUCUCCCCGAGAACGCAGAACUCCAGUAUCUUGGCGAAGGAGCAGCUAACAUCGUCUACCGCAUCUCGAUACCUCAGCCUCAGCCGAGCACGCCUCCGCCAACUGAACUGGACGAAUAUGGGGAGGGGACGCCGCCGCCGAGUGAGAUUGAAUUCAAUCAGAAUAGGAGAGAUCUGGGGGUGUUUGAAACCCCAACAGACAAACUCCUUCGCCUCCGCAAAGACCUACCAACAACUUUCCCUUGCCUCCACGCCCAAUCAACCUGGACCCGCCUCAUAUCCCCUCUCUUCCAACCCUCCCAGCUCGUAUCUCAAAGUCUCGUUUCCCUUCAUCCAGGUUCAUACAACCACAUCACCACCCUCAACGACUCUUUACUCGCCUGGGAAAAUGGCCUAUCUUCAACUCCUCCCACAGCCAUUUCAACCUCAUCCAGACCACCAAAACGUCAUGGCACCUACCUCGCCAACGACCCUCAUGGUCUGCUAGUAACAGACAUGAGCGGGUCCGGCGUCGUGCAAUUCAAGCCGAAAUGGCUUGCUCAGUCACCUUCUGCGCCGAGGGGAGCGAGGAGGUGUAGGCAGUGUGCUUUGGUUGCUAGGAAGGCGUUUCUCUCCUUGUCAUCAUCAUCUUCCAAGUCUCAAAAAGUGAAUCCAGGAGAGGAAGAGACCCCAGCAACAUCUGCCUUGACGUUCUGUCCCCUCGAUCUCCUCUCCACAGACAAGGAAAUCAUAAGGAAAGUAGCGGAAUGUAUCAUCCUCAGCCAAAACACCGCCGCCACGACAACCAACAGCAACACGCACACAAACUCCAACGCUUCACAAGAGAAAGAGAUCCUCGCCCUCACAGACUGGAUAUCCACGACCUCCUCACUAAAAAGACUGCGAGACGUCCAACUAGCCAUGGAUAAACACGGUAUCCUAGCUGCUGAGGCGCCAGCGAGUGAGGAGUUGAGGGUCGCGAUGACAGUGAGGGAUUGUAGUGUUUUUGUAAGGUUGAAUUUGGAAGGGGAUCUUACUAUUGGAAGUGGUGAGAGUCAGAAGAGGGUAGGCGAGGGAGGGGGAGAUGGAUUGGGAGGAAAUGGGAAGAGAGAGGAAGAAGAGCUAGAAGCCAGGAUAGGAGAUCUAGAUGUUAAGAGUCCAGAGAAACUGGGGUAUUGGAAGGAGACUGAGAGGGUGCUGGUUGAGGAGGGGUGGUAUGCUGGAAGGGUGGAGGAAGGGUGGAGUAAUACGUGUUUGUUGGGGAGGGAACUGUAGCUUGUCUAUGUAGUGGGAGAUACUUAUCUGUAGGUGAGAUGUUGGAGAGAGGAUGCGGUGGAGUUGGAGUCGGGAGUUUGAGUAAUGAGAGGC